GCAGGAGGCGGGGCGCGCGGUCACGCGGCGGUCACGUGGCGCUCAGGUGGCGGUCACGUGACGCGGGCGCCGCCGCCAUGCUGUCCCGGCUGCUGAAGGAGCACCAGGCCCGGCAGAGCGAGCGGCGGGAGCUGCAGGAGCGGCGGCGCAGGGAGGCCAUCGCCGCCGCCACCCGCCUGACCGAGGCCCUGGUCGAUCACCUCAACGUGGGGGUGGCGCAGGCCUAUGUCAACCAGCGGAAGCUGGACCACGAGGUGAAGACGCUGCAGGUGCAGGCGGCGCAGUUCGCCAAGCAGACGGGGCAGUGGAUCACCAUGGUGGAGAACUUCAACCAGGCCCUCAAGGAGAUCGGCGACGUGGAGAACUGGGCCCGCAGCAUCGAGAUGGACAUGCGGACCAUCGCCACCGCCCUGGAGUACGUCUACAAGGGGCAGCUCCAGCCCUCCUGCUCCUGAGCCGCCGCUGCCGGGGACCCCCGGACCCUCCCCGCUGCCGCGGCUGGUCCUGGCAGAUAACGCGGGCCCCACCGUGAUGCCGCAGCAGCUCCCGGCCGCGGCGGGGACCCCUCGGUACCGGGGAGCGGGCAGAAUAAAGCGUGGUUGUACAGGC